AUGUCAAAAAAGAGCCAAACUACGAACGGCAAUGGUGCCGCUGGGUACGUUGCGCCCGUAUGGUUCAUCUCCCAUGGUGGCCCACCCACCAUGUUCGACCCGUCGCACCCAGCCUACGCCGAAUGGGAGAAAUUCGGUCAAGAAAUACGCAAGGAACACAAUGAUGGAAAUGGAGGGCUGAAAGGCUUGAUCGCUAUCAGUGCUCAUUGGCAGAGCACCAUCGCCGGUGUUCUCGAAGUGAACACAAAUGAAAGGAACCCGCUCUACUACGAUUUCUUUGGUUUUCCAGACCAUUAUUACACCGUCAAGGUCAAAUCUCACAAUCCAUCCGCUUUUUCGACGCUGGUCCUUUCUGAGCUGAACCACGCUCUUUCAACACAGUCAAAUCCGUCUCUCUCUCUGCACAAAGCGGUUCCCACGAGCAGAGGAUUGGACCACGGUGCUUUUGUUCCUCUCAAAGUCGCUUUCGCUCCAUCGUCCUUGGAGGCGAGCAAUGGUGGAUGGUCCGAACUAAAAUCAGCUAAGGUCGUGUCUGCGCUACCUUCUACUCUUCCAUUGCUGCAGGUCUCACUUCCACCGUCUGACGACCCGGAAGCGUCCCUCCGACUCGGUGUCGCGCUUCGCACCUUACGCACGCAGCACGGCAUCGGUAUUUUUGCGAGUGGCAUGGCCGUCCACAAUCUACGAGAGCUUUUCCUGUACUUGGACAUCGAAUCUGCCGCAGGACAAAAUUCAUCUCCAAGCCGCGACAAGGGCGUGUAUGCGUCUUACGCAAAGAGCUUCGCGGAAGCACUCGGAAAUGCGGUUGGCGCGGAGCCCAAGGCCAAGCAAGCGCAAGUAGGCAAUGAGGCGGCGAGGGACGUAGACGAAGAUAGUAGAUGGCAGGCGGCGAAAGAUUUGUUGAACAGAAGCGACUACAAGAAGGCCCACCCUACGGCUGAACAUCUUUUGCCCGUAUUUGUCGCGCUCGGUGCAGUGAAAUCACACGAAAGAUUCGCACAAACUUUUAAAUUACCCGAAGGGUCGAUGGCUUGGUGA